GAGCGGCGGGGGGGCCGCGGGCUGGCGCCGCACGGCGGCGGCGACGGGGGCUCGGGGCGCAGCACGGCCAGCAGCCCUCAGGUGGCCGCGCUGCAGGAGGAGCUGCGGCUGCAGACCUCGAGGCUCGUGGAGUCGUGGGCCGCACAGGCUGACACGGCAGCCGGAUGCGCUCCAGAGCGCCGCGUUGCUGGCGCUGUCUCCAAGGAAACACGUGGAGACGAUCAUCCCUCGAGCGCCGAGGCUGAAAUCAGGCUGCUGCAGGAGCAGGUGGGCCGCAGCUCUGCGGAGCUGCGGCGGCAGGAACAGCGUGAGUCAGAGCUCCGGCGUGAAGUGGAGCGGUUGACGACACAGCUGGAGAGGCUGAGGCCCGCGGCGGGGCCCGGCGAGCGCCGGCAGAGCGCUGCUGUGCCAGUCUUCGCCGUGGCCUCCAUCCGCAGUAGGCGGGCACUCGUCGGCAUUCUUGGCGAGAGCGUCGCUGGAUUCACCCGUCGGCUGCUGCUCUGCGAUGCCCUUCAUGCCGUGGGCCUCUGA